UUAAACUCUUAAUAUAAUUUAUAAUCAUACUUAGUCUUAAAUUUUUCCCUUUAACUUUUUGUAGAUCACUGCAACCCAAGCAACUUCUGCAAAAAGCUAUAAAGCAAAUAAAAAACCUCAUUUAUCGAGAAGCCAACCAGCAAAGCAACCCCACACCAGUAAAAUCCAACUAAGCUCUCUUUCACUUAAAGCAAUCCAGAAUACUAACUAUACUUCCUGCCCUGCUUCGCCUCCUUUCAAGCUUCACCUUCACCUACCCCUACCUUUACUCCUUCCUAUAUAUCUCCUGCCUCAUACACGCCAACAACACACAAAAACACAAGGAAAUAAAAAUGGCGCAAAGCAGGGUGCUUGUGGUGGGUGGCACAGGAUACCUGGGGAGAAGAAUAGUGAAGGCAAGCAUAGCAGAAGGGCACCCAACCUUUGUGCUCCAUCGGCCGGAGAUCGGCACCGAUAUAGAGAAGGUUCAGCUUCUGCUUUCUUUCAAGGAGCAAGGUGCCAGACUCGUUGAGGGAUCUUUCGGAAAUCAUCGGAGCCUCGUCGACGCCAUCAGGCAAGUUGACGUCGUCAUAUGCGCCAUCUCCGGCGUGCAUAUAAGGAGCCAUCAAAUCCUCCUCCAGCUCGUGCUUGUUGACGCCAUCAAAGAGGCAGGCAACAUCAAGAGGUUCUUGCCCUCCGAGUUUGGGACAGACCCAGCAAGAAUGGGGCAUGCUUUAGCUCCAGGGAGAGUCACAUUUGAUGACAAGAUGGUGGUAAGGAAGGCUAUAGAGGAAGCAAAUAUCCCCUUCACAUAUAUCUCUGCUAACUGCUUCAUGGGGUACUUCGUUGGUGGCCUCUGCCAACCAGGAAAGAUAAUCCCUUCAACUGAAAGCGUGUGCUUGCAUGGAGAUGGCAAUGUUAAAGCCAUUUAUGUCGAUGAAGACGACAUCGCACUGUACACAAUCAAGACGAUCGAUGACCGCCGCACACUAAACAAAACUAUUUACAUCAGACCACCACAAAACAUACUCUCGCAGAGAGAAGUAGUCAUGGCAUGGGAGGAGCUCAUUGGUAAGGAGCUUGAGAAGACCAGCAUUUCAGAAGAGGAGUUUCUCUCCAUUAUCAAAGAGCAGGAGUUUGCACAGCAGGUGGGAUUGGGACACUACUAUCAUGUAUGUUAUGAGGGCUGCUUGACCAAUUUCGAGAUAGACGAGGAGGAGGAGGCAUCUCAUUUGUAUCCAGAGGUUGCUUAUACUCGAGUCAAAGAUUAUCUCCGGCGUUAUGUGUGAUUCUGCAGCUACGAAUUGGACUUUAAGUCAUGGGUUUUGAGUGGUAAUAAUUCACUGGACUUGGAUGAACAUUUUAUGGCAAAAACAUUACUUGCAUUUGAGGCCAUUUUAUUUUAUUUUAUUUUAUUUAUAUAUUUAUGUGAAAUAAAAACUU